CUAACAUAUAUACCAUGGCAGCAACUAAUUGUCAUCAAUCUGUCUAUGUUUUUGUCACUACUUUUUUUGUUGCAGCUACUAUUGUGUUGGUCCCAACUACAUGCACUGCGCAACUCACUUCUGAUUUCUAUAAGCAGUCCUGCCCUCAGGCAUUGCAGAUCAUCAGAUCAGUAGUCAAGCAAGCUAUUAACCGGGAGGCACGCAUGGGAGCGUCGCUUCUACGCUUGCACUUCCAUGACUGCUUUGUCAAUGGGUGUGAUGGAUCAAUUUUGCUUGACGAUACGGAUAGCUUCACUGGUGAGAAGACGGCUGGUCCAAAUCUGAACUCGGUUAGAGGUUUUGAUGUGGUUGAUGACAUUAAAGCAGCCCUCAAUAGGGAUUGCCAUGGCAAUGUGGUCUCAUGUGCAGACAUCUUAGCAGUUGCAGCUCGUGACUCGGUUGAGAUUUUGGGAGGUCCUUCCUGUUCCUAUGAAGUACUAUUGGGUAGAAGAGAUGCAACAACUGCAGUCUUGAAUGACGCAAACAGAAAUCUUCCUGCUCCAUUUUUCGCCUUCUCUCAGCUUCUCUCCAGCUUUCAGUCUCAUGGUCUAGACCUGCGAGAUCUGAUCCUCCUCUCAGGGGGGCACACCAUUGGACUAGCUAGGUGCACCACCUUCAGAGCCAGGAUUUACAAUGACACCAAUAUAGACCCUGCGUUUGCAGCCUCCUUGCAAAAGGGUUGUCCUGCAAAUGGUGGAGACAACAACACGGCGCCAAUAGACUCAACUACGGCGCAUUUUGAUACCGUGUACUUCAAGUCUUUGCUGCAGAAAAAAGGUCUCUUCCAUUCUGAUCAGGAGCUCUUUAAAAGUGAUGGCAGUGACAGCGAUAAUCUGGUGCAGCAUUACGCUAAUAGCCCCCAGGAUUUCAAAGUAGAUUUUGGGGCUUCCAUGAUCAAGAUGGGUAACAUAAAGCCUCUCACUCGAUCUGAUGGUGAGAUAAGGCUCAAUUGCAGGAAAAUCAACUAAGGCUUAAUAUGCCUCUACCCGAAAACGGAGUGAAGCAACAUUGGAGAGUUGUUAUAUCCACUGUGUUGAACAUUCAAAAAAUCUAGUUUGAAUAAUUGCUGAACUCUUUUAUUAAUAUAUGUCUAUCGUAUUUAGUUAUUGAUCCUAAUUUUGGUGUGUAUUUAA